AAAACAAGUGGUGGUGGGGGAAGCCGCCGUCCGGCCAAUCUGCCCUCCGCGCCGGAGCCCCUCCCUCUUAUUGUGCCUUAACUGCCUGGGAGGCCGCGCGAGGGCUGCCAGGAGGAUGCCCCGGGGUUAACUGCCGCCCCCUCCUGGGAGGACCCGCCUUCUUUCGUCCACCCCGGACGAAGCUGCUGCUCCCCGCACUUCUUUGGCUCUGCAGCCUAGUUCGUCGCUCUUCCAUUUCUGUUGGUCUGAAUUGUCCCCGACUUUGCCGAGCAUUGCCGUUCUCUUGAACUCCUCCAAGCGUCUCUGAACUUUGGGCACAGAUGGAAAAUACUUCGCUGGGGAGAAAAUGAGGAGAAGCCUGGCUCCUAGCCAGCUGGCCAAGAGGAAGCCUGGAGGUGAUGGCUCUGAGGAGGAUGAGGAGUGGUGUCCUGAAGUUACUUCAAAAAGGCACAAACAUGGCAGCAAGGCAGAUGAUAGGGAGUGCUAUAUGUCAACUUUCCGGAAACCUUUGGCUCAGCUGACCAAUAGACCUCAUUACCUUGAUGCCAGCAAACAUGAAGCCUUUAUACGGAGUAUUUUGUCGAAACCUUUCAAAGUUCCCAUUCCAAACUACACAGGCUCCUUGGGCUUACGGGCGCUGGGUAUCAAACGUGCAGGGGUGAGGCAUGCUCUUCACGACCCUUUUGAAGAAGGUGCUCUGGUGCUGUACGAACCUCCACCUCUGAGUGCCCAUGAUCAGCUUAAACUUGACAAGGACAAAAUACCUGUUCACGUUGUAGUGGAUCCUGUUCUCAGUCGUGUUUUACGGCCCCAUCAGAGAGAGGGAGUGAAGUUCCUGUGGGAGUGUGUGACAGGCCGCCGUAUCCCUGGAAGUCAUGGCUGCAUCAUGGCUGAUGAAAUGGGUUUGGGCAAGACGCUGCAGUGCAUCACUUUGAUGUGGACACUCUUACGACAAAGUCCAGAUUGCAAGCCUGAAAUUGACAAGGCCGUAGUAGUUUCGCCUUCCAGCCUGGUGAAAAAUUGGUACAACGAAGUAGGUAAAUGGCUUGGCGGAAGGAUCCAGCCCUUGGCUAUUGAUGGAGGCUCUAAGGAUGAAAUAGACAAUAAGCUAGCUGGAUUUAUGAACCAGAGGGGCCUUAGAAUCCCAAGUCCUAUCCUGAUAAUUUCCUAUGAAACAUUUCGCCUUCAUGCUGAAGUUCUCCAGAAAGGGAGUGUUGGGAUGGUCAUAUGUGAUGAGGGUCACAGGCUCAAGAAUUCAGACAACCAGACCUAUCAGGCUCUCAACAGCUUGAACACAUCUCGGCGGGUACUCAUUUCAGGAACCCCCAUUCAGAAUGACCUCCUUGAAUAUUUUAGUCUUGUACAUUUUGUCAAUUCUGGCAUCCUAGGGACAGCCCAGGAGUUCAAGAAGCACUUUGAAAUUCCUAUCCUGAAAGGCAGGGAUGCAGAUGCAAGUGAAUCAGAAAGACAUAAAGGAGAGGAGAGGCUGAAAGAACUGAUCAGCAUUGUCAACAGAUGCCUUAUAAGGAGGACUUCUGAUAUUCUCUCUAAAUAUCUCCCAGUGAAAAUUGAACAGGUGGUGUGUUGCAGGUUGACUCCUCUUCAGUCAGAGCUGUACAAACGCUUCCUGAAGCAAGCAAAACCAGCUGAAGAUCUGAAGGAGGGGAAAAUCAGUGUCUCAUCUCUCUCUUCAAUCACAUCUCUGAAGAAGCUCUGUAAUCACCCUGCCCUGAUCUAUGACAAGUGUGUGGAGGAGGAAGAAGGGUUUGUGGGUGCGCUGCAGUUGUUUCCUCCUGGCUACAGCAUCAAGACCCUAGAACCACAGCUGUCAGGGAAGAUGCUGGUUUUGGACUACAUUCUGGCAGUUACUAGGAGCACCAGUAAUGAUAAAGUAGUUUUAGUGUCUAAUUACACCCAGACACUGGAUCUCUUUGAGAAACUUUGCCGAGUUAGGAGGUAUUUGUAUGUUCGUUUGGAUGGCACUAUGUCAAUUAAAAAGAGAGCGAAGAUAGUGGAGCGUUUCAACAACAUAUCUAGCCCUGAGUUCAUUUUCAUGCUGAGCAGCAAAGCUGGUGGCUGUGGCUUAAAUCUGAUUGGGGCAAACAGACUUGUGAUGUUUGAUCCAGACUGGAAUCCAGCCAAUGACGAACAAGCCAUGGCCCGUGUAUGGAGAGAUGGGCAGAAAAAGACUUGCUACAUCUAUCGUUUGCUCUCGACAGGGACAAUUGAAGAAAAAAUUUUUCAGCGGCAGACACACAAGAAGGCUCUCAGCAGCUGCGUGGUUGAUGAAGAGCAGGAUGUGGAAAGACACUUUUCUCUUGGGGAACUGAAGGAACUUUUCACUCUCAAUGAGUUGACUACAAGUGAUACUCAUGACAAGUUCAAGUGUCGUCGCUGUGUGAAUGGUCAUCAAAUCAGGCCACCCCCAGAAGGGUCUGACUGCACUUCUGACCUGUCUCAGUGGAACCACUGUGCUGAAAAACGUGGCCUCCUGGAUAAUGUCCUCAAGGCUGCCUGGGAUGCAGCUGUCAGCUUCACCUUUUAUCAUCAUUCCCAUGAGAAGCAAGGGGGGAUACCAUGACCAUCUGUUCUCUCAUCUGAAAACUUGCACUAUUUAUAUAAGAAAACAGCUGUGUGGUAUCUCCAUAUUUGUGAUUUGAUUGACAUCAGGACAGCAUUUUCUGCAAUUAAUGUACCAGAAGAACUUCCAUCUUCUGCAUGAUUUACUACAGACUGUCUUUAAAAGGCAGACCAUACAAUGGAGCACUAGGAUACAGGUUUUUAUAGAUGUUGAUUCUUCUGUCCAUUCACUAAGCCUUUCUGGCAGGAAAAAGACCAAAGAUGAAGCAAUCUCAUCAGUGUAAGAAGACUAUGAAUCAUACUGACUUGUACAUGGAUCGCUUUUGUUGACAAUAUUGUUUUCAAAGAAAAGCCUGAACAGAUAUUAUAACCUCAUAAAACCUUUCUAGUGAACUUCACUUUUUUUCUAAUGUAUUUCAUUACUGCAAAUUAAUGUUGCAUCAUCAGAUUUUAGUCUAUUAUGGAAAAUUUUAGAUCACAAUUAUAUUGGAAAACAACAUUAAAGUCUCCUCUUACAGUCACAAGUAAAUUUGCUUAAAACUAAUCUAUUGCCAUGAACAGAGUACAUGUAAGAGUCAGGGAGCAAGACAAGGCACCUAUUUGAAAGAACAUGGACUAUAAAUGUAAGAUGAAGCCAACAAGAUGCAGAUAAGUGGACUUGUUUUACUGUAGCAUCAGCUGGAAAAUCUGACAGGGAAUGGUUUUGUUUUCCAGAAGCAAGGAGGGAUCUGGUUUUUUUUUUAAUUAGGAAGGUGAAUUAGGUUUGUCAAACCUGGCUUCUAGGACAAGAAUACAGUGCGAUUUUUUUAAAGAUCAAAGGAUUUUUAUUCACUAAUGUUAGAAUUGGUCUUCUGGACUAUUUUGCUUGAUCUGAAAUUUAAACUGCUAUGCUGAAGACAUGCAUAAAAAGUCUCUCUUCAGUUCAUCAGUGGAAAACUGAUAGUUUCUCAAAACAGUACUUGUUCCUAAAAUGUUUAGUACAAAUUAUAAUGGGACUUGGAUUUUAAUUCCAUAAACAAGGUGUAAGCCUUUGUCUAAAUUGAUUCCAUACUAUUUCAAAAAUAAAAUGUUAGGAAAAUUUCUAUUUUUUAUGUC